UGAAUGAUUACUUUACUGCUUGCUGGUUAGUCUGUGUGCAUAGGAGCGACUAAAUAAUUAGAUUUUACGUGUUUCAAGCUGCGAACAAGAAAAAAAACCUACGAUAAAAUUGUUGUCUAGUGGAUGGUGGUUUAUCUGUUCUUAUCACAUAAUAUGAUGUUGAUUCAGUUAGCGUUAUUCUAGUGUAAAUAUAAUUUGCCUUUUUGAAGUCGGUGGUGCAAAGAAGCCUUUGCAAUAACAAAGAAUCGCGAAAUUCCUUUUCCAUUGCGCGAGUUCUUCAGUACAGUACAAGUAGUAAUUGGUAAAUCACAUCGAUUGUAGCCUUCGUUUGGGUAUUUGCUCAUAACAGCUGGUGAAUCUAAAGGGAAAUCUAUCGGCAUUGUGUUGUGAGCAGUGGAGUAUUUCAAAAGUGGGAGUAGGGUCGUGGAUUGAACGACAUUAAACGUAUUCAGGAAAGCAAUUCGUCACCCAUCUUUCAGCAAUUGAGAACGGAGGAAAGAUGAGUUAUUCUUCGUUCGAAAAUAAUGGAAGCGGAACUGGUACAGUCACCAGUGAAGCCGAUUUUCAAAAGUUAGCUCAGACCAUCGCCACUAGCAUCCAAAAGAUCCUCCAAAAUGUUUCUUCUAUGCAGCGAAUGGUUAAUCAAUUUGGUACGGCGCAAGAUUCACCGGAGCUUAAACAGCAGCUCCAUCAGAUUCGAACCUAUACCCAAAGGUUGAUUACCGAUACCACUAAUCUACUGAACGAUUUGGUUAACUGCAAGGAGCGCCACCUGAAAAUUCAGCGAGAUCGACUAGUGGACGAGUUCACGGCAGCUUUGACGGCAUUCCAGUCGGUUCAGCGGAAAACCGUUGAUCUGGAAAAGAAUGCAGUUCGGCAGGCUAGGGGAGCACAUGUUGUGCUCAGCAAACCGCCCGGAUCGAAUAAUUCCAGCAUGGGAAGCUAUAACAAUUCAUCGAUGUUUGAAGAUAAUUUUGUGACUGGCCAGCGAGGCCAGGCUCAGGAACAACUGCAGGAGGAGAUUGAUCUGCAGGCAUUGGAAAACCAGGAGCGGACCAUCCGAGAGUUAGAGGACAAUAUUCUCAGUGUUAACGAGAUCUACAAGAAGUUGGGCGCCCUGGUGCAUGAACAGGGCCAUCAAGUGGACUCAAUCGAAGCUUCCGUCGAACAUACGAGUGUCUAUGUAGCCCAGGGUGUGCAGGAGUUGAGAAAAGCUAGCAAUUAUCAGAACAAAGCCCGCAAGAAGAAAUUGAUUCUGGCACUGAUAGCGGCGGCUAUCGUGGCAGUUAUCAUUCUGCUUAUCAUUAUACGAAACUAGGCCGGAAUCUGGAAGCAGAAUCUGUGUGAAGACGCCAUACUUACGACGGGAGAACCGAACGUGUAAGUGUCGACGAAAAUUUUAUAUAUGUUCGCGUCAGAGAAGAUCUGUGUAAUUUUCUGCUUUCCUCUAUAGUGAACAAUUGUUUCUAUGGUAUGAAGAUUUUUUUUCUCAUAGCACUGGAAGAUUUAAAUUCUUUUCGAUAACGAUAUUGACCUACUAAAAUGUAUAGUAAGUAGUGAAAGAACUGUGGAUUGGCGGAGCCGUCCUGGGGAAAAACGUGAUAUAAAUGUGUUGCUGCAAACCGUGCACUGCUGCAAGCACAUUUAGCAGACUAAUGUUAUUGGUGCAAAAUAAAAAGAAAUACAGAAGUAGCUUACUUACAGCAAUUUUUAAGUUUAUUGCACCACACCGUGUGCUUAUCGGGCAAAUUGUUUGAGCAUUCUGCCACAAACGUCGGCCGUUUACAUUUAUUUAUAAACACUUACCAAAACAUUCUUUGAUAACAUUAUGAAACAUGUAGUUAUAUACCCCCUUAUUCCCUUGUUCGGCUAGGUAUGUAUAUUGCAAAUAGUACACAUAUGUAACGGAAAAAAUAAUUAAUGAACGUUUACCGCUAGAAGAUUAUAUGAAUAAAAACUGUCACCUCA